UUGCACCACAUGCGAUUUCUGUGUGUCUGGCUGUUUCCUUUCUUCGCUGGUCUCUGUCACGCUGAGCUCACACAGGAGCUGAGCUGAGAGGCAGAGCGCGUGGGGCUGAGCUCUGCCCCGGGACCGUCUGGGAACAUGGCCCUGCAGGUGUCAGCUCUGGCCCUUCUCCUGGCCCUUCCGCCCCUGCUGUCUGCCCAGGGAGCGGCACCCAGUCCCAGGCCCACCAAGACUCCAGGCACGUGUAGGAGGGCAGGAGCCUGGACCACGAAGGUGAAGUUUCCCUCCGAGCAGACGGCGUUUCAGGUGAAUGACACGGUGCAGGUGACAUGCCCCGAGGAGCCUGAACCCGGCCCGUUCCCUGCAAAGUGCACCGAGCUGAAGGACCGUGGGGCAGUCUGGGUUAUCAGUGGAGUCAAGUGUCUCAGGAUGUGCAAUGACUGGGUGAGGCAGGUGGAUUUUGACCCUGCACAGACGGAGUUCGGCGUCGGGGCCGAGGCUCGGGUGACCUGUCGGCAGCAGUUCCAGCAGAACUCGUUCAGUGUGACGUGCAGAGAGACGGAGUCGGGACGUUUCGAGUGGGAUUCGGGUGCACACAAGUGUGUCAGAAAAUGUGAAAUACCCAGAACCUGGGACUCCAGAUUGCAGUUUGCCAGCGAGGGGCAGUUCUACGCCCCGGGUGACUCGGUGACGCUGAGCUGCCCUGCGGGGUAUCGGCCGUCACUGCCUGUGAUCGAAUGUGUCAGCAAUGGGAGCCAGGCUGUCUGGAGUGAGACAGCUACCUGCCAAGAAAAAUGUGAAAUACCCAGAACCUGGGACUCCACAUUGCAGUUUGCCCCCACGGGGCCGUUCUACGCCCCGGGUGACUCGGUGACACUGAGCUGCUCUGAGGGGUAUCGGCCAUCACCGCCUGUGAUCGAAUGUGUCAGCAAUGGGAGCCAGGCUGUCUGGAGUGAGACACCCACCUGCCGGGGGGUUUGUACGAGGGCAGGAAACUGGCCCCCGUCGGUCUCUGCUGCCUCCCCACAGACAGAGUUUGCCGUUGGCGAGGAGGUUGAGGUGACCUGUCGCCAGGAGCAGUAUGAGGGGCGCCCGGCUUGGGUGCGAUGCACGGAGACGGCUGGGCGCAUGGAGUGGGACACGAGCCGUGUGAGCUGUGUGGAGAAAUGCCCCAGGCCCCAGUGGGACCCCAGACUCCGGUUCGUGCCAGACCGGCCGUUUUAUGGCUGGAAUGAACAGACGACGUUGAGCUGCCCUGGGGGGUUCCAGCCUUCGCUCUCUGCGAUCAGAUGUGUGGGAUGGGGUCAGACCCAGAGUCACUGGACUGUGUGGGACCGGGGUGCCUGGCGCCGUAUCACCGAGAACGUUACCUGUGCAGAAAAAUGUAAAAUACCCAGAACCUGGGACUCCAGAUUGCAGUUUGCCCGCAAGGGGCCGUUCUACGCCCUGGGUGACUCGGUGACACUGAGCUGCCCUGUGGGGUAUCGGCCGUCACCGCCUGUGAUCGAAUGUGUCAGCAAUGGGAGCCAGUUUGUCUGGAAUGAGACAGCCACCUGCCGGGGGGUCUGUACGAUGGCAGGAAACUGGCCCCCGUCGGUCUCUGCUGCCUCCCCACGGACGGAGUUUGCCGUUGGCGAGGAGGUUUGGGUGACCUGUCGCCGGGAGCAGUACGAGGGGAGCCCGGCCUGGGUGCGAUGCACGGAGACGGCUGGGCGCGUGGAGUGGGACACGAGCCGUGUGAGCUGUGUGGAGAAAUGCCCCAGGCCCCAGUGGGACCCCAGACUCCGGUUCGUGCCAGACCGGCCGUUUUAUGGCCAGAAUAAACAGACAACGCUGAGCUGCCCUGGGGGGUUCCAGCCUUCGCUCUCUGCGAUCAGAUGUGUGGGAUGGGGUCAGACCCGGAGUCACUGGACUGUGCGGGACCGGGGCGCCUGGCGCCGUAUCACUGAGAUCGUUACCUGUGCAGAGACCCCCCGGAUCGUCCCAGGGGCCCUGGAGAUUUCACCCACCACCAUCAAACUGCGCUGGACGUGUGAGCCCCCCGAAUCCUGCCAGGGCAGCUGGAAGAUACAGGCCCAAUGCCGGCAGGAUGGACCCCUGUCAGACCCCUGCCGGAGACUAGAGCACACCACCAGAGAGCAGCCGUUACAGGGACAGGACAGAACAGUAACGUGCAGCUCCCUGCACCCCUUCACUUCCUACAAUGUCACUAUCUCUGGGGGCUACCCAGCGACCAGACCACCCAGCACUGUCCUCUAUAGCCGGCGGGUCAACACGAGUGAAGCAGCCCCAGACCAACCCAAGAUCAAGCCACUGGAUCCCAGCACCAAAACCCUCAGGUGGAAGCAGCUGCCGCCCUGCAAAGGGGAGAUCGUCGGGUACCAGCUGAACAUCACAGCCUGGAGAGAGUACGACAGCGAUUUCCUCGAGGUUGAGGAGCUGCGGGUGAAUCAGUCGGUCACCAAGUACCUGCUGCAGCCCUGGAGACACGGGAGCAACUACACAGUGACAAUCCAGGGCCUCACGGCGGCCGGCCUUGGGCAGGCGUCGCGCUGGGACUUUGAAACCAACAUCUCUGAGCCAGACAUCCCCGCCAGCGUCACCGCCCUGAGCGUCUACAGCAUCUCCCCGUCGAAUGGGACGGCUCUAAUCCCCCUGCAGCCCGUCCCUGGGCUCCAUGGACCCAUCAGGGAGUAUCAGAUCAUUGUAUCUGCGAUGCAGAACGGCAGCAAAGCGGACGCCUGCCGCUCACCAGGUCUGCAGCCGUUCAACUCCAGCCUGGAGCGUGACAUGUACCUGGCUGCCGUGCUCCCCGCGCAGAACCUCACAGGCCCGACUGACUUCGUGCUGGGCGACGGGGCCCGUCACUCCGGGUACUACAAUGCUCCCCUCCGCCCCCACAGGAACUACACGGCCUUCGUCCGUGUCGUCAGCCGCUGGAAGCAGAUGGAGAAAUCCAGCUGUGUGCGCUAUGACUUCUCCGUUGGAGAGGCCCAGACUCCCCAGCCCGGGGGCCUGGCGCUAGCCGUGGCGGUGCCGGUGCUGGUGCUGUUGGCCACAGGGGCCCUGCUGCUGUGGUUCCUGCUCGCCAGGAAGAAGCGGAACGACUCAAAGGACCACAACAGCAAUGGGGCAAUCCCCCUGAAGAGGAACCGAGGAGCAGGCGCAAGCAGGCUGCGCACGCAGAUCCCGGUGGCUGAACUGCUGGAGUCUCUGAAGCGGUUUAAGAGAGCGGAAAUGGAGGAGGAGGGGAUAGAGGACGACGCAAAUCCCGAACGGCCCCCAGUGGGGCGCAAUGCGGAGUACCAGAAACUGGUCUCAGGUUUACUGCAUCCAAGCCAUGCUGGCAAGGAGCCCUGCAACCAGGCCAAGAACCGCUACAAGAGCGUCAUCCCAUACGAUCACUGCCGUGUGGUGCUGCAGUCCGCCAGCCCGGGAGCUGAUUACAUCAACGCCAGCUACGUCGAUAGCUACAGGAGCCCCUGCUUCUUCAUCGCUGCUCAGGGCCCGCUGCCCGGCACCGUGGUGGAUUUCUGGCAGAUGAUCUGGCAGGAGAAGACCUCGGCCAUUGUGAUGUUAACGGGCCUGGUGGAGCAGAACAAGACCAAGUGUGAGCAGUACUGGCCGGAGGGCGAGCAGCUGUACGGGGACUUCACGGUGACACUCAGCAACAUCUGGACAACCACGGGGCUGGUCACACGCACCUUCCGCCUGCAGAGGGCCGGUUCUCCUCUCCCGAGACACAUACAGCAGUUUCACUACCUGCUGUGGCCAGACCACGGGGUCCCCAGCAACGCGGCCCGGCUCCUGCAGCUGGUGGAGAUGGUGAAUGAGAGGGUGUCGGAGGCGCCUGCCGGCCCCGUGCUCGUGCACUGCAGUGCAGGGAUCGGCCGCACAGGCACCUUCAUCGCCCUGGACAUCCUCCUGAAGAUGGCGCGGGCCGAGGGCAGCGUGGAUGUUUUCCGCUGCGUGCAGAGGCUGCGGGAGCAGCGGGUCAGCAUGGUGCAGACGAAGGAGCAGUACAUCUUCCUCUACGAGGCGCUGCUGGAGGGGCUGCUGUGCGGGAACACCGGGGUCCUGGCGGACAGCGUCCCCAGCCACGUCAGCCGCCUGCGCCAGCCCGACGCCCAGUCGCAGAGCAACGGGUUCUCGCGGGAGUUCAAGGCCUUGCAGAAGUUUUCCGAACUCUUCCAGCUCUCCCCGUGCAAGGAGGCCCAGCAGCCCAGCAACCAGCCCAAGAACCGCAAGCCGACCAUCUUGCCAGCGGAUUGCAACCGCCCCAUCCUGAUGUCCUCGCUGAACGCGGACGGCUCGCCUGGCUACAUCAACGCGGUGUUUGUCGGGACGUACGCGGAAGAAGACAACGUCAUCGUCACCCAGCUGCCGCUCAGGGAGACGCUGGUGGAUUUCUGGGCCCUGCUCUGGGACUACACCUGCACCAUGCUGGUCAUGCUGAACCGCCUCGAGGAGCUGGACCAGACAUACCUGGCGUUCUGGCCUGCACACGGAGAGGCCUCUUACGGCCGUUUCCACGUCGAGCUGAUCUCGGAGGAGCCGGGAGCUGGCUUCACCAUCCGCACACUCGCUGUAACCAACAGGCAGCAGCCCAAGAAGCCCGCGCAGGAGAUCAGGUUGUGGCAAGUAGACGACUGGCCCAUGCAGCAGCAGCUCCCCCCACGCCCUGCCACCAUCAUCAGCCUGCUGGGGGAGGUGGAGCGGAGCCGGCGGACGAGCCAGGACAGCCACGUUCUCGUCACUUGCUGGGACGGUGCCAGCCGCUGCGGGCUCUUCUGUGCCGCCAGCUUCAUGUGUGAGCAGAUCCGCAGUGAGGGGCUGCUGGACGUCUCGCAGGCGGUGAGAAUGCUGAAGCGCCGGCGACGGCAGAUGAUCAAGGACGUGGCGCAGUACACGUUCUGCUACGAGUUAGCCCUGAGCUACCUGGACUCAUUCAAACUCUAUGGGAAUUUCAAAUAGAGGCGAGCAAGGGACCGUCUCCAGUCAGGACCUGCCGCUGCUGCUGCUUCUCGUGGCACCUCCAUGCUGCUCUGUGCCUGGGCAGACACCCUGUCCUGGGGGGUGAGCCGGGGCCAUGGAACCUGGCAGAGACGAGAAGGGCCCUGGCCGUGCCGGCUGGGACGCUCUGGACUCCAGACACUCCGUAUCCUGGAGCCCCCGCAGCUGGCUGAAGCAGACAAUUUCCUCUGGGAUCAUUUCCAGGGUGG